GUGUUGGGUGUGCGUACGGAAUAGAGACAGCCAAAUGCUCAUUGAAAUUUACGAUUAUGCUGCAAAAUUAUUAAACAAUAUGACCGCAACAGGAAACGGAACAGAAACCGACGCUGACACUGAAACUGAAACCGAAUCCGAAACCGAGAGUGCUCCGUGGACAAAGGAGGAGGACAUUAAUAAGCAAUCCGUCGGGAUUCGUCCGGAGACCAGCCAGGAAGUGCCAACCAGUGGCGGUAAUCUAACGGUUAAACUACUCCAGGCCACCACCGGCAACGUGCGCACCCUCCUCAAUCGCACCCUGGCGACCGUGACAGCCGUGGCCCGCUCAUAUCCCGCCCAGCACGCACCCAGCCUGCCUCUGCCCCUGCCCGCUCUGCUGCUUCAGGCCCUCGACGCUGCGGACGUGACCCGGGGCCAGCACAUCGAUCACACCACACCGCAUCCGGCGGUUGGGACGGUGAGUGGAGCCGAGGCGGCAGAAGACCUCCUGCCGCAUGUCCUGGAGGCGCCACCACCGCUAAUGGCAUUUAAUGCCACGGGUGGCCCUGCCAGCAUUCCAAAUUCUCUGGCAACGGACCGGGUGGCUGAUCGGGUGGAGGAUGUGUACAGUGCUCUAAGCGGAGCCAUGCCCACCGCGGGCAAUCUCAGUGGUUUCAUCGAGUCCUCGACGACGGCAGCCCGAUCGGUGCUGAGCAGCGCCCUGCCCACGUUGCCGACUCUACCGGCCACCACGUUUCAGGCCCAGACAGUGGCCACCUUCAUUUCGGCCACUGGAGGCAAGAAUCGCCCAACGACUAUAGUCCUUUAUCCAACGGUUUCUCCUGAAUCGAUCGUCAUACCGAUCGUCUCCUGCAUCUUCGGCUUCCCCAUCCUGGCCCUGAUCGUGAUCUGCUGCCUCCGGCGAAGGGCCAAGCUAGCACGGGAACGGGACCGACGAAGGAACUACGAUAUGCAGGACCAUGCCGUCAGCCUGGUCAGAUUUAGUCCAAUACAUAGGCUUAAUUACCGAUCGUCGCGAGCUAUCAGUCUACGUCCUGAACGAAGCUUGAGUCAAGGAUUCACGUCCCUGGAGCUGGACACCGUGCUGGAGGAGCGCUGCAGCGACGUGGAGCAGACCCAGACGGAGAUCCUGAAUCCUGAAUCGCCCAUGGACACCACCUCCUACAAGAUGUCCUUCUCGUCGAGCUAACAGUUAGCCAAACAGUCGGUGCCGGUCCACAACCAGGCACCAGAUCCCUUACCCUCUGACAUGGGCCAGGUAGUGGCCACCAGACCUCACCCGAAUCCCCAUCCUCCUCCCUCGACAUCCAGGUCACCGCAAUUGCUGCAGCCGCCGCAGCUCAGGAAGACGGCGAGCGUGAGGGAGGCAGGUGCUCCGCACGAUCCGGCCGCUUUGGCCAAACGUAGGAGUCGCCUCCACGAGCUGAGGGCUGCCAGUAGUAGUGGCGCCGGUUGCAGUGGCAGUUCCAGUGGCAGUGAGGCAGCUGCCGCCUUUGGCAAGCGGGAAUCGAAACGGGAUAAGUCCCGGAAGGGUGGCACUGGUGGAGCAAGUGACUCGCCGGCGAUGCGAAAAUCUCACUCCCUGGACGCCGCCGAAAGCUAUUCGCUGGCCAGCAUCCAGGCACCGCUUUGGGUGACCCUCACCAAUGCCAGGACCAUCGAGGAGCUGGCUCAGCAGAAGCUCUAAACGAGUCCCUCCCCCCCUGACUGACCCGCCCCCCAGCCCACCAAAACUACAUCCCCUCCAGACUCCUCUAGCGCCUCUGUAAAGUUAAAUGUUUAGAUGGAAAUUGUAAUUAAAAUUUAUUAAUU